AUGUUCCCAUGGUCAUCAGCCCAUCAAAGGAAUGAGAACCUUGUUCCAGGGGCCUCGAAUCCUCGCCGACUCCACACUCAAUUGCAACAGGCAGACACGCCGUGGAACACUGCUACGGUCACGAACGCGGUAUCAGCUGAAGCCUGCUACGAUCCACAUACAAAUACAGGCGGCAUGUCUGGUCCCGAAUUCCAUGCCCAAGUAAACAUCGAAAAACAUGCCGCCAAGACUCACGCUAGCACUAGUUUAGCCGAAGAUCACUCGACGUUGCCACCUCAGGUUUUCAAGGCACAACUCAUCAACCAUCACCACCUUCAAGCAAGCCCGAAUCCGACGCAGCAGGCCUCCGCCCAACAGCAGUACGGGUCCUCUCGCCACAGUUAUCAACAUCUUUAUUACGUCGCCGCCGCUGCUGCUGGUGCCUCCCAUCUUGAAGUCUCAAACUACAGCGAUCACUUCGAUCCAGGCACCAUGUCGCUCUACGAAUCUCGACAAUUCCCCGACUACCCGCAUUCUACCAUGAUGCACGAUCCUCAUCAAGAGCAAGACGACAAUAAUAUGCAGCAAAAUCGAUAUCCCAGCCCUCCCCCGCCGAUGAGCGAGAGCCCAUACCAUCCUCAAGCAAUGGACGCGGCGGCUUUGGGCUUAGAAGAUAUGACAGAGUUGCCGACGAAGGACGAGGAGGAUGCGCUAAGCCCUGGCAGAUCCAAGGCCAUUCCGAAGCCAGAUCGAGAGGUGACAAAGGGUGGGGACGGGCGCUUUGUUUGUACUUGGGUGGGAUGCACAGAAGAGGUGCAGUCUUUCACUAGGAAGUGUGAGUGGUCAAAGCAUAUGGAUAAGCACGACCGGCCGUACAAAUGUCCAUCCGAAGGCUGUGAGAAGCUCCCUGGAUUUACCUACUCGGGCGGACUGCUGCGCCAUCAACGAGAAGUACAUAAUUUACAUGGAGGACCUCGGAAACAACUCAACUGCCCACAUCCUACUUGCAAGCGGUUUUCGGGCAAAGGAUUUUCGCGGCAAGAGAAUUUGAAUGAGCAUUUGCGCCGGGUACACACGGACACUAGUGAGACCAUAAAUGCAGAAGAAACCGAGGACGAUGGUAGCGAGAGGGCAGGAAUGAAGAGAAAGCGGGCCCAUGAUGAAGGGGCGGAGCUGAGGGCGGAGAUGGCUCAGCUUCGAAGUGAGAACGAGGAGCUACGGAGGCAAGCAGAGUUGCAGACAGCGCAAACGAACGAAGUAAUGAGACAGCUCCAACAUCUGCAAGCAUUGGUUGGCGGCAAUAUGGGGGGUCACCAGCCACGCAUGGGCGUUGGUGGUGGGCGGUUGGGUGGAGUUUGGGCCACGGUUCAGCAGUGGCAUGGAGGCGUUAUGGCUACUGCGGGUAUGCAGGCAGGUUUGAGGUUACUCUGCUUCAACUCCCAUCAUGAGAGUACCGGCGUUUUGGCUUAA